CGUGUGUGAGCCCGAGAUUCUUUGAAAGAUCGUGUUUCCAUCUUUAAAUCUUGUAUCGCCAUUACUAAGCAAGAUGAGUGACGAAGAAAGUGUUCCGUUGUAUAAAAUCGUGUUGGCUGGCGAUCUUGGUGUGGGAAAAACCUCUAUAUUUCGCAGAUAUGAUAUCGACAAGUUCUCAGAUUACAGGGAGCCAACAUUUGGACUGGACAAAUUGAGCAAGAACAUUGAAGUCGAUGGAAAACGAUUGAAGGUUAGUGUACAAGCUUUCAUUUUCCUGGCAUAUUCUAGAUCCUCUUCUUUUCGUUCACUUCUUUUUUUGUGUAUGUGCUUCUCUCUGAUAAACGCAAACAAGCAAAGAUCUUCGUUCCUUUUGGUGCUAAUCUCAAAUUAUUUACAUGUGCUCAAACGUUUUUCCUAACUUGGGUUUAGGAUCCAGAUCUGUAACUCGGAUAACAUUAUUUUAUGUAUGAUCGAUUUAUAUAAUUAUAAGCGAUUUUAGAAAUGACGAAAGAAAUAGAUAAAUGAUUUCAUAUUGGUGUCCACUAAAUAAUCGGAAAGUUUCCCAUUGGAAAAGUUGGGUAGCAUACUAAACCCAUCAGUAAUUGCUUUAUUUGUAAGAACAACUAUGAGCCAUUCAAUAAUAUGGAAAAAUUCUAUGGACCCCCUCUCCUACGCCCUUUUCCCAUCAUAUCUGGUUGAGAGGAAGUCAUUUGUGCUGGUUGUGAAUAAUAUCAAAAUGGUAAAGUCUGUGUGCAAGCCAAGUGGCCCAUCCACUGGAAGCCUAUCCCAGUUUCCUUGGCAGGAAAUGACUAGGGGUAUUACUAUUCUCCCUGAAAGGGAUGUCAGUCCAUUGGUAGGUUACCCUCUCUUCACCCCUAGUAUUUUGUCAGAUUUGACCAACAGGUUGCUAGGACCCUUUUAUACUUGUUGAACAGGAGUGCUUGACCUGAAGCUCUGCACACCAACUUUUAAGCCACCACACCUUCUAGGAUGUGAUUGAUAUUAAAAAAUAUAUCAAUUAUCAAGGGAGCUGUUUCUAAUGAGCAAAUAUUCUUAGUUAGCAGCAUUUAAAGUCAAGUCCUUCUGUUACUAUCUCCUAAGCACAAUGACUACAGUGGAAGAUGACCAUAUUAUUCAAGAUCCCUUGAUCAAGUAGGGGAUGAGAAUCUCUAUGAUAAUUUUACUCAUACUGGAAAACAAAAACAAAAAAGUUAUAUGUAAAAUUUGAAUUAUAAUGUCAUAAUCCUUUAACUCUCAAGAUCUGAUUGUUAAUUCUAUGGUCUUAUUGUAAGACAUUUCCUUGUACUUACAAGAAUUUGGCAUUAGAUCAAGACAACAACUUCCACCUGAUGAGUUUGAGUAUUCUCAUCACCUGUUUGUUGGUUAAUAAAUAGAAAUUAUGGAGAGAAGUUACAUGUUGAUCACCUCUAGGAGUUAAGCAGUUAACUGAUCCAUCAUUUUCUUUCAUUUGCCAGAUCAUUGUGUGGGACACUGCUGGAAUGGAGAGAACAAGAUCACUCACUUCAAACUACUACCACAAUUCUGAAGCUGUUAUUCUGGUCUACGCCAUUGAUGACAUGUACUCUCUUACACUGCUGCGAAAUUGGAUCUUAGAUGUUAACAAGGAUGCAGGGAAGGCUUUAAAAUUUCUUGUUGGAAACAAAAUUGACCUGGCAGAAGAAGGUUCUCAAGUCGAUGAACAGUUGGCUCGCAGAUUUUGUGAGAACAAUGGAAUAAAAAAACUGUAUAAAGUGUCUGCAAAGACUGGCAAAGGAGUGAGGGAAAUGUUUGAUGAUAUUGCAAAGUUGUUGCUUGCCAACAAAGAGUCCACUACAAGGGGUGAAAAUAUUUUUACUCUCAAAAGGGAGGACAUGAAUAAACAAGCUAAGAAAGAAAAUGGCUGUUCAUGUUGACAGAGUGUUGCGACUGAAAUUAAAAAAUUAAGUUAUUGUUUUUGUUAAAUUGUUAUUUACAGCAUGACAGGAGAGUUCAUUUGCUUAAAUCUAUGAUUAUAUAAUAUUUGUCCCAUUAGAGGUAAAGUUUCACAUCCUCAUCAGAAGCCACCCCUAAACUCACAUUACAAGAAAAUAAAAAAAUUCCCUUGGGCUGAGUUAAACUUGUUCAUGGUUGAAAGUUUACCAACAUAUACAUAGCAUGUUUUGCUUCUUGCUUAGAUUUUAAUAGAUGGAAAGAUUUUAUGUUCCCCACUAGAAAUAUAAAAAAAAGAGUAAUUUUUCCUUGUACUUAUAACUUUUUGUUACAAUUACAUAUACCUAUCCUAUUUUUUUAUACAAAUUACUUGCAGUAAAUGUAUCUAUUUAUAUUGUUUAUUAUGGACAGUCUUAUCUUGAUUUGCUACUGGUUUUUCAGUACAAAUAUAUUAUGAUUCAGCACCCAUGGUGGUCAUCUUUUACUACAAAUUAUCAACUUAACCCUUAAAUGCCCACAGUCUCAUCAGUAAUUCUCCUUACUGUCUGCCAUACAAUUCAUGUGAUGUUAGUUUGGGGAAUUGGAAUUGGAUCAACCAAUAAUCCCCUAAUUGGUAUUUUUCUUUAAUCUCGUCACUUUUUUGUUUGAUAUUGUACUAUAGUGUAAGGAGAAAGUCUGUCUAGGUCACUAGUGGGACUUAAAGGAUUAAAUAAAAAUUUUUGAACAUGUAAAUAGAUUGGUUUACAAGUAUGAAAGAAUAGUUUGUAUCUCUGAUGAGUGGCAUAAAUGUUAGCAGGAAAGCCUGUAGAUUUGUAGAGUUUUCAAAUAGAUUUGUUCUACCUUGUCUGUUGAAAUACGGUCAGACCUGCUUUAUACCUGCCUUAGAUAGUGCCACUAAAUACAAGUUCAACUGUAUAAUCUUAAGAGAGAACAAAAAGAGGCCUUAUAAGAACAUCAAAGUGGUAACCACCUUUUAUUACUACAUGUGAGUUUUCCAUAUUAGUAGUAGCUAAUGAAAGUAUAUGACAAAUAGUAAAACAAGAGAUACAAAAUAGCUAAAGUAAUUGAGGAUUAUCCAAGUAAAUGAAAAGUUUUAUUAAAGUGAGCCGU